UCUGCGGGGAUCCUGCACAGCUCAAGUUGCCCCAACAGCAGCAGCACGGCCCAAAAGUUUCUUUACAGGAAUGGGAAAGUUUGAGAGGCUCGCUUUUUCUUUACUUAGCUUAUCUACGACCCACAGAGCCAUAAGGGAUUGGAUAUAAGGAACUACCGCGCGGAUGAAACAACAUUUAGGAUUUUAACAGGGUGAUUCCGCACUUUGUCUUGGUUGUGCUCUUAUCUGAAGAAAUAACUCUAGAGCGGUGUUCUGUGUGCCAGAAACAAUGUGUUCCUCUACGCAGCCUCGCAGUUUUGCAAGGUUUGCCGUGGUUUUUCUACUGUUUUUGAGGCUGGAGCAUGGAUCUGGGGCCAACACAAGGACGUGCCCCCCUCCCUGCGCGUGUUUCGGGGAGCUUGUGGACUGCGGUCGGUUGAAAAGAGGCCGAAUUCCAGCAAAGAUCCCGGAAUGGACAGUUCAACUGGACCUGAGCCAUAACAAGCUGUCAGCACUUGACCUGAAUUUGUUUUCCAGACUACAAAACCUUAGAGAAAUAAAACUGAAUCACAAUGAAUUGGAGGAAAUACCAGACAUCGGUCCCUGUUCUUCAAACAUUACAACAUUAAUUCUAGCAAACAACAAGAUCACCAGGAUCUCUGAGGAACAGCUCAGACCCUUCCCCACACUCGAAACACUCGACCUAAGCAACAACAACAUUGUGGAAAUAAAGGCCAACUCCAUCCCCACUCUGCCCCUCAAGAACUUGUUCCUGAACAACAACCGUAUCUCAUUGCUGGAGACUGGCUGCUUCACCAACCUGUCUAACACGCUGCAGGUUCUUCGGCUCACCCGCAACCGAAUCUCCACCAUUCCUUCUAAAAUCUUCCAGCUGCCAAACCUCCAGCAUCUAGAGUUGAGCAGAAACCGGGUUCGUCGGGUGGAGGGCCUGACGUUCCAUGGUCUGCACGCUCUUCGCUCCCUGAAGAUGCAGAGGAACGGUCUCAGCCGCUUGAUGGAUGGAGCUUUCUGGGGCCUCAGCAACAUGGAAGUUCUGCAGCUGGACUACAACAACCUGACGGAGGUGAGUAAGAGCUGGCUGUAUGGCCUGCUGACUCUGCAGCAGCUCCAUCUCGGACACAAUGCCAUCAGCAGGAUCGAACCUGACGCCUGGGAAUUCUGCCAGAAACUCAGCGAGCUCAACUUGUCAUCCAAUCAUCUGUCCAGGCUGGAGGAAUCCAGCUUUGCUGGUCUCAGCCUGCUGGACGAGCUCCAUAUUGGAAACAAUCGUGUGAGCUUUAUCGCAGACGGAGCAUUUCGUGGCCUUUCCAGUCUGCAGAUGCUGGAUCUCCAGAAUAAUGAAAUCUCCUGGACAAUUGAAGACAUGAAUGGGCCUUUCUCUGCUUUGGACAAGCUGAAAAAACUGUUUUUGCAGGGGAACCAGAUCCGCUCUAUGACCAAAAAGUCUUUCUCAGGUCUGGACGCGCUGCAGCACCUAGAUUUGAGCAAUAACGCCAUCAUGUCUAUCCAAGCAAACGCCUUCUCACAGAUGAAGAACCUACAGGAGCUGCAUCUCAACACCUCCAGCCUCCUGUGUGACUGCCAGCUGAAGUGGCUUCCUAGCUGGGUGGCACAGCAAACCUUCCUGUACUGCGUCAAUGCCAGCUGCGCCCACCCGCAGAUACUGAAGGGCAGGAGUGUGUUUGCUGUCAGCCAGGAGGAGUUUGUGUGUGAUGACUUCCCAAAGCCUCAGAUCACUGUGCAGCCAGAGACCCAGUCAGCCCUCAAAGGCUCCAACGUGACAUUCGUGUGUUCUGCUGCAAGCUCCAGCGACUCACCCAUGACUUUUGACUGGAAGAAAGACAAUGAGGUUCUGAACGAUGCAGAAAUCCAUAACCAAGCUCUUUUACGGGUGAAAGAAGGUGCAGGAGGUGAGACAGGAGUAACAGAGUAUACAACCACAUUGCGACUGCGUAACGUGGAGUUCUCCAGCGAGGGGAGGUAUCAGUGUGUCAUCUCCAAUCACUUUGGCUCAUCUUAUUCCACCAAGGCUAGGCUCACUGUCAACAUGCUCCCCUCCUUCACCAAGAUGCCGAUGGAUCUGAGUAUCCGCACUGGAGCGAUGGCUAGACUGGAAUGUGCUGCUGUUGGUCACCCUUCCCCUCAGAUUGCCUGGCAAAAAGAUGGAGGCACCGACUUUCCUGCCGCCCGUGAACGUCGCAUGCAUGUCAUGCCUGAGGAUGACGUCUUUUUCAUAGUGGACGUCAAGACUGAGGACAUCGGUGUUUAUAGCUGCACGGCUCAGAACACAGCUGGAGCUAUUUCUGCAAAUGCUACACUUACUGUUCUUGAAACACCAUCCUUCUUGCGUCCGCUCAUCGAUCGCACUGUUGCCAUGGGUGAGACUGCAGUCCUCCAGUGCAUUGCUGGUGGCAGCCCUGCUCCAAGACUGAACUGGACCAAGGACGAUGGUCCAUUGGUGGUAACUGAGCGUCACUUCUUCGCAGCUGCCAACCAACUCCUAAUUAUUGUUGAUGCCGCAAAGGCAGAUGCAGGAAAGUACACUUGUGAGAUGUCCAAUGCACUGGGCACGGAGAGGGGCAACAUUCAGCUGGCAGUUAUUCCAAAUACCAACUGCGACUCUGUAGUCCAGGGGGGUGUAGGGAUCGGCAUCGCAAGCGGAUCUGGAUCAGACGAUGAUAGAUGGACAACAGUGGGCAUUGUCAUCAUAGCAGUGGUUUGCUGUGUGGUUGGUACUUCUCUAAUCUGGGUGGUCAUCAUCUACCACACCCGUCGACGGAAUGAAGACUGCAGUGUCACCAACACAGAUGAGACCAACCUCCCUGCAGAUAUCCCCAGCUACCUGUCCUCCCAGGGCACAUUGGCUGACCGACAGGAUGGUUAUAUCCCAUCUGAGAGCGGUAGUAGCCAUCAGUACAUGACAUCAUCAAUUAGUGGCUUCUAUCUGCAGCCUAAAGACAUGAACGGUCUUUGUCAACUAGACACAGGAAGUGAAGCAGACAUGGAAGCAGCCAUUGAUCCAUUGCUCUUCCAUUAUCAAGGUCCAAUAGGCUCACUGCUUCGUCAAGAAAAUAUGUACUCCAAUGACCCAUCUGAGGUCUUCACAGGUUGUUCCAUCGACCAAAGACAGAUCUGCGUUGACUCCUACGGCGGCAGCCUAACCAACUCCAAAAGGAAGGACUACUUCCUGUCAGAGCAUUUUGACCUCUGCUCUUCCACCGCCCUAUUGCAGCUUCCAAAUGCCAGUCUGCAUUAUGACCCUUCCCACCUGCAGAGCGACUGCCAACUUUCCACGGACGAUUUAGAUGUGGUUGACUACGGGAGACCCCAUGAGUGCAUCUCCCCUUGCAACACCUUCAUGGGAACAUUUGGGAAAGCUCCAUGGAGGCCUCAGCAGGAUCUUUACCCAGGAUUUAGUCCACCAUCAGUGACGUAUAAUGGAAUAACUCUGCAUGAGAAUCCUUAUGUGACUCCAGAUGCUGAUUCAGACAGUGAGGACAGUGGUGUCAACAGGAAUUUGUCUUCACAGAAGAGCAACCGUGUCUAUGAACAGCCCUUUGACAGCUGUAGGACGGAUCCCAUCUCACCACGCAGAGUGAGCACUUAGCUAAGUGACUGAGCUCCUGUCUGCUCUCAAUUUCAUAAAAAGGAUGACCAAAAAAUGUUUCUACCUCACUGAAUGGACACGUUUUGCAAUAAAGGACUUCUGUAAUGUGCAACAAGUGAAUGUAUAAGACAAUUUAAUGCUCCUGCAGAAAUUAAGAGGAGCAUAAUAGUCGCUUUUGCUGAUAAAGAGUCAGUUAAAUAACAGAUGAAUAUAUAUAUAUAUAU